AUGAGUCCGCAGCUUUCUCGGGAUUUGUUCAAGUCCGAGGAGCUGUGGAACUAUCUUAUGGAGGACAAGUUGAAAACUCUGACAGAUCAGGACCAGAUACGUUUAAAGGGAGUGUUGAAUUACAAUACCUUCAACGAUUAUCUGAAGACAAUCCUCACUAAAUACAACGCUUCCAAGACGGUCAAAUUACUUCGCUUCAUUGAACCCGCCGUUCAGUAUCUCGACACAUUUUCUCGUGCUUUAAACAGCAUCAGCCAAAUGAAUCCAUUCGGCUGUCUAGGUUGGGGUGUCGUGCAAAUUCUAUUAGAGUGGAAGCUCCGCUGGCUAUUUGAGGCCUUUCAACUCACUAACGAUUCACCAGUCAAUAUUAUUUCGGUUUAUCUCAAGGGAAAUAAAGUAAAGCGCAUGUUUGAAGAGGCAAAGACGUUGGUUGAGGGAUACAAGACGGACUUCGAAAAGGAAGUCAGCUUUGCCUUUGUCUCAAACACCACCAAGGGCCUGGCCAUUCUUACAAAGACCUUUCUCUCGGUUGGAAAUGCCCAGACAGCCACAACCCUACCUUAUGGUCGAAAUGCAUCGUUUGUCAGUCAUGAUCAUAUAUUGGCACGCUUACAAAACGAGCUCCAUCCCCCCAACGCGGAUCCUGGCGAGGGCACCCGCUCAUGCGUCAUUCACGGGACAGGAGGCGUAGGCAAGACGCAAAUUGCCUUGGAAUUUGCUUACCGUCACUCCAGGCCCAACUGUUGCAUUUUCUGGUUACAGGCUGAAACGGCUGCUGGACUUGCGGAGACUUUCAGCCGCAUUGCUAAGAUACUCAGUCUGGCUGAUGAGUCCCAAGUUCAGGAUCAGACCCAGUUAAUCACAAUAGCGCAGCAAUGGCUUUGCAAAAAUGAUAACUGGCUGCUGAUCUUCGACAAUGCAAUAGAGUCACAUGGUAUCCAAUCAUAUUGGCCGAGGUGCAAACACGGAACGAUCAUUAUCACUACGCAAAAUAAGAACCUUGUUCACCUGUCCACGUUCUCAAUCCACCUCACCCCAAUGGACGAAGACGAAGGUGCCAAACUUCUUUUGAGAUACCUGGACCACGGAGACGAAGAUAGCAAAAUGUAUCUGAACGAUAUUGAGAACGCCAAGGCCAUCUCAGCAGAGCUUGGCGGGCUGCCCAUCGCCAUAGCGCACGUGGCAGGAUAUAUCGGACAAUUAAGGCGGCCCUUAUCAUACUUCAUUGAGCAGUUUCAAAAGCAACAGAGGGCUUCAAUCGUCUGGUCUAUGGACACCAGGUCGAGCACUACUCAUCAGUAUGAUAGAACUCUAGAUGCCGUGUGGGACCUGGCAUUUUCCGCGCUCAGGCCUGAGGCUCAAGCACUGAUGGACGUGCUGGCGAUGCUGAAUCCGGAUUCGAUUCAGGAAGACAUGCUGCUAAGCGAGAACGAUCGCGAUCCCAUCGAAUUCGACCAGAUUCGAAUUGAACUUCUCAGCCGUCAUUUGCUGGAACCACAAGGCGGCGCUUCCGGAUCUGCCCUGGUCAUUCAUCGCAGUUUACAGAAAAAUCUUCUCUUUCGCUUUGGUCGGGACCGAAGCAAGAAACAAGAGGUUUUCGAGCGGGCCACAAAAUUGGUCAGGAGGAACUUCCCUGUUCAAUCUCCGAUCGGAGUGCCCGUCAACCAUAGAUGGGCAAUUUAUGAAUCAUACCUUCCACAUGUCCUUACUCUUCAUGCUGUUUACCUGUCAAGUAAGCCGGAGUUAUACGGAACUGUACAAUUUGCCGACUUGUUAUGCGAUGCCGGCUAUUACAUGUGGGACAGACACCUGGGCCGUGAAGGCAUCCCCGUCCUAGAGACAGCUGAGAGGAUCUGUCUUCAGGAUGAGAACAAACAUCUGCGUCGUCUCCGGGCGAAUAUUGGAGUCGCUCUCGGAUCUUUAUUGAACACAGUCGGCAUCUCAGAACUGCAAAGAGCUGUCGUGCUGUUCGAUGAGAUAUUGACCCUUCGUCAAGAGCACAUUGCUGAAUUGCCGCUUCCGCUUUCCAGAGAAGACCAGCUUCUUCUGUCAAAUGCAUGGAAUGAUAAAGGCUGGAUGUGCCUGGAAAGGGAAGAUUACUUUGCAGCAGAGGUGCCUUUUGAAAAGUCGUUGGAAAUCAAGCGCCAGUGGCCCGAGCAAGAUAUCCCGUUCGAGUUCGCUGAGACUCUCAAGAAUCUGGCAUUUGUCCGACUCGCUCAAAAGAGGUCCCGAAGUGCUAUUGAGCUUGCUAGCCACGCACUGGACCUUGUUGAAGGUGAUCAAGACUCUGGGUCUGCCACCGUGCAAAAGUUUCGCCUACGCAAAGCCGAAAUACUUGCAAAUUCCGGGCAAAUCAAGGAAGCAAUAAAGAUUGUCGAUAAAGUAGCUGCCGAGAGGGCGCAUCUAUACCGACCAUAUCACCCUUCCAACCUUGAUGUCUACUACAUCCGCGGCAUCCUUUUUCACUACGACGAUCGUCUGACGGAGGCCGAGAGUAUGCUACGGCAGACGUUAAAUACUGAUAUUCACGACCCAUAUCCUCAAGAAUGCAGGGCUCGAUGUCUUUUCGCUCUUUCCGAAGUGAUAAAGAAGAAUGGAAAGACUAAGGAGUCUGAGCAUCACAGAAAUGAAGCCUUGGAACUCCUCAACCAGUGGUGCAAUCUUUUUCAAAUAGAGUACACGGAUAACACUGAUGUCUCUGUUUUAUUCGACCAUGUUGUCCCAUUUAAAUGUUCUCGGUUAAGUAGAUAUGGCAAACUAUGGGUAGGGACGGUAGGGUAG